UCGAACGUAAAAUCGCCGGCAUUUAAACCGAAUACUAGUCAAUCAAUAGUCAUCGAGAAUGAAACGUUUCAUCAUCACAUUGGCUAUUGUGUGUAGCCUUUGCUUCAGCUGGGCUCUACCUCCUGCCAAUAUACCUGCUGUCGCACCACCACCACCGGCUACCCUAACACAGGAUCUCGAUGAGUUGUAUCGCCUUAUACCCGCUAAGCCACUUAACAAGUUGGUCAUACGUUAUCUGCUCAACGAUGCGGAGUUCCAGGCUAUUAUACGCAUCAUAAAUUCACACGAUGCCUUCAUGGUGCGUAUGCGCCUUUACGCCCAGCCGGAGAUCAUACAAUUCCAGUCGUGGGUGCGCUCUCAGCUGAUGUUGUCUGGCGGCGGUUCUUUAGAAUUCGAGGAAUCCGAAGAAAUUUUGAGUCUCUUCAAUCCAACACCCUACUGGUCGGUUUAUGGCUGGCAAGGAUUUUUCAAUGAAUUCCUUGCAUACUUCCCACAGGAGAUGUUGCGCGCCCAAAUCAACGCAAAGGUAAUCCAAGGCGGUAGUCUCGCCCAAUUCUGGGAGAAAUUGAAGGCUUUGCGUCCGGUAUAUGAACGCGUUUUGGCAUUCCCGGAAUCGAAACGCAUAAUUACACAACUCGAACAGAAUGGUGUGAAUUUCAGUCAGUUAGAUCAAUACAUUCGUUCAUUGUUCGAUUGGUUUAAUUUGAAUCCGGUCGCCGCGAGCGCCCAGGAAGUUAGCACUGUCCAAGCGCCAAUUGCUCCACCGGCCGCCAAUAGUAUUGUAGCGUAAUAUGUUUCGAUUAUAAUGCUUCUGGGGUGAAUUCAUGAUUCAUCACCAAAGAACG